CCUCAUCAUAGCUAUCAUACCUUUACCUCACCUGAAGUUUGAACGAUAAUUAUUUUGAAAGUCGUUUCCAAUUCAGCCAACAAUAACAACAUUACAUCUUAUUAUUACAAAAGUGAGAACCAAAAAGUCAUCAGAGAAAGUGAUGAUUCAAACAUUGGCUCAUUUGAUAGUGCGCUAAGUGGGUGAGUGAGUGUGUGUGUGUGUGUGUGUGUGGUUGUCUGUGAGAGUGACCACUUCAAGAGUGACCAACUGCUGCCAUGGAUUGCUUUUUGCUAAGAAGAAGACAGUGUAACUAUCACUGUAAGAUAGUUUUGUUGGAUGAGACAGAACUCAUACAGGAGAUACAUGAGAACUCAAGAGGACAGGAUGUACUCGACGUUGUCGUCAAACAUCUAAAUUUAUUGGAAACGGCAUACUUCGGGCUCCGAUAUAUAAAUGACAAGAAACAGCCCAUUUGGUUGGAUUCAAGCAAACGUGUGAUGAAACAACUAAAUUAUAGCAAUCCUAUUACACUAUAUUUUUGUGUCAAAUUUUAUGCGUCCGAUCCGUGCAAACUACUGGAAGAGAUCACCCGUUACCAGUUCUUUCUGCAAAUCAAACAAGACAUCCUUCAAUCACGACUACCCGUGCCAUUUGAAUUGGCAUCAGAACUGCUUGCAUACAUAGUUCAAUCUGAAUUAGGCGAUUAUGACUGCCGUCAACAUCAAACUGGAUAUAUAUCUGAGUUUCGACUAUUGCCGAACCAAUCCAUUGAAUUGGAGAGUAAGGCACACGAUUUGCACAAGAAAUUAGUGGGUCAGGUGCCGGCAACCGCUGAAAUGAAUUUCUUAGAUAGAGUUAAAUGGCUUGACUUGUAUGGGGCAGACCUUCAUCCUGUUCUUGGCGAGGAUAACGUCGAGUAUUUCAUUGGUCUGACCCCGAGUGGGGUCAUUGUAUUACGUAAUAAAUCAAAAGUUGGUAAUUAUUUUUGGACAAGAAUUUUGAAGAUUAUUAGGAAAGGAAAAUAUUUUAUGAUUAAAGUUAUCGAUAAAAAUAAUGAAGAAAAAACGUAUGGCUUUGAAUUGGUCAACAAGAGUGCCAGCAAACAGAUCUGGAAGUGUUGUACUGAACACCAAAACUUUUUUAAAUUAACACAAAACACAUUACAAAUCGAUACAAAACCGGGUUUAUCGCAAAAAUUUAAAACUAGUAGUACUUUAUCAAAAGGAUUUCAAGAAAAUGUGAUCGAAAGGCCGCCACCAAUGGUGGUUCGGGUCCCGAGUAGACGAUAUCAACGGAGAAUGGGACAACCGGACGGUGCAGACGCCGGCGCAAUAGAUAAAGAUGAGGCCUAUAAAGAAAAUGGUUAUAUUGAAGUAAAGUCUAGUAUUUUAAUGCCGGCCAUAAACCGGCAUAACUCAAGUUCGGCAAUACAUAAGCCGCCGUAUUCAGGGUUUGGUGACACACAAUCAUUGAUUAGUGCUCCGUAUCAUUAUAAAAGUGAAAGGGGUUUGUUUUCCCGCGACACAAACCCGUCGCCCCGAUCAGUGCGAAGUGCAUCCCAUAUAAAUCGCCAGUUCCUCGACCACAACGCCAACAGCUAUUCCCGCGUUCGCUCCAAUUCGUCGUCAAAUGUCUCGAGAUCAAGAAAUUCACGAUUUUCUGAUAAUGAAAGCGAAGUCAGCAAAUGUUCGCGAUCUUCGAGACAAUCCCGACAGUCAAGACAUUCACAGCAUUCACAACAUCGGUGUCGACACAGAAAUAAAUCUGAAGACAGCGGAACUGAGUCCGAUUCGUCACGAAAGAGAAGACAUCGACGAAAACAUAAGUAUUAUAAUGGAAACAAUUAUUCAGAUAAGUUAGUCGACACUGAAUCUCAAUGGAGAGAUUUGCAACAAAAACAACAGCAGAUGAACGGCUUGAAUGGACAGAUAGAUGAUCGGUCUUUGAGACCAAACGGUCCACAAAGCGCUGUUGUCAGACAUGUGUCCGGUUAUGUCAAUUCUGGUCUCGAAAGUGACGCCGAAACUACUACUCAUCACUCAACUCUUAACCGAAAUAAGAAUAAAGAAAUCAGAAGAUCUCGAUCAAAGUCACCGGAUGUUAACCGAAGAGAUAGAUUACCACCAGAAAUGAAAAAACAUUUUGAGUACCAAUUAGUAGAUCCGAUGUCUUUAACUGAAAAUGAACGCAAAGAUAUUAAAUACACGAAAAUAGAGACUGACAGUCGCCUCUUUAAGAUCAGAUAUUCACCAAAUGGUAGUCGACAUCGGUAUCGACUCGAGUCCGUACCCGUUGUCGAAAACGAUUCUCUAAAGAAACAGCCAAAGACACAAUUAUGGGAUAAUUACGUGAGAAAUAGUGGUAAUUAUGGAGAUAAUUAUAAUUUACUCAAUGGAUUCAAUGGCGUUCACAAGAGUCAGGACAGCAAUGCUAGUGUCUCCAGUAGUCAUGUCUCUAAUUCAAGCAAAUUGGACGGCUCUGACAGCACCGGAAGUGGACAAAUGUUUUCAUUGAAUGGAAACAACUAUAGUUCACAGCCGCCACCAAACAAUCCAUUAAAUCAUCAAAACUAUCAAAACAAUUACAAUUCAUACGAUAUUUAUAGGCCUACGGCUAUGACUCGCAGUACAUCUGAGUUUAAGCCAUACUCUCAUUUCGACUAUUAUUAUAACGAUUUUAACAGAAAUAAAAACAACGAAUCCUAUCAUAACUCGUAUAAUAGUAACGCCAAGUCUGACAGAAUAAUUGAAGAUAAUUGCCAUAUAAACCAAAGCUCAGCUCCGAGGGUCACAUUUCAAACGCCUCCCACCACAACAUAUUAUCCAAAUGAUAUACACAAACUUAAUAUAGACAAUACAUAUACAAAUAAAUCCAAUGGCAAUGCCUAUCGAGUCAAUUAUCCGUUACAACCCCAUGAAAUGAGUACUGAAUUGUGA